AUGUCUGAUGACACGCGUGUUGAGUCGGCGAGCAAUGCCCUCUUUGAGGUCCGCGCUCUGCCGUGGUCCGUCGUCGCAAGUGACGAAGUCGUAUCGGAGCUCAUCUCGCAGUACUUCAUGUUCGACUAUUUAUAUGUUUUCCCCCCAAUACCACGUGUCACAUUUCUCGACGAGAUGAAACUGGGAGACGUGGCCGCUGCCACAUCCUGCUCGCCACUGCUGGUCAACGCCAUCUGUGCGCAACAGUGUUUCCUCUCCCCUAAGCAAUAUCUAGAUACCACGGUACGUGAGGUUCUGGCAGAAAGAUUCUUGCACGAGGCAAACAGGUUACUCCAAAGCGAGGGGGGGCGACUGUCCCUCCCAGACGCCCAAGCCAUCUGUCUGAUAUAUGCUGCCGUGGCCGCAAGAGAUCAAGUCAGGUCUGGCGUUAUUUCCCAUGCGGAUGAGCCGUAA